CAUCUCAAUUCUCAAUGCAUAACUGUACAGUACUAUCCUUGAAUUUGAAGUAUAUAGAACUCACUCAACCUAGGGGUUGAGAAUUAAUAACUGAGAUUGAGAGCUGAAAGCCCAGAGUAGUGUUUGUGUUUGUUAUCAAAUGGAGGAGAAGAGCAAAAUCUUGAUAAUUGGGGCAACUGGAUUCCUAGGUUACAAUCUAGCAGAGACAAGCCUCAAAUUUGGUCACCCCACAUUUGCUCUUGUUAGAGACUCUGCAUUUUCUGACCCCAUCAAAUCCCAAAAGCUUCAAUUCCUUUCCCAUGCCGGAGCCACCCUUCUCAAAGGUUCGCUUCAAGACGAAGCUAGCAUUGUUGAUGCUGUCAAGUUAGUAGAUGUCGUCAUUUGUGCUGUUUCGUCUAAACAGACUCUUGAUCAAAAACUUCUCAUCAGGGUUAUCAAACAACUGGGCACUAUCAAGAGGUUCGUCCCAUCUGAAUUUGGAUCAGAUCCUAUCAAGGCUCGAGUAACUGAGCUUGAUGAUGGCUAUAAUUUCUAUGCACCCAAAAUUGAAAUUCGGCGGCUCGUGGAGGCUGAAGGCAUUCCAUAUACUUAUAUCUCGUGCAAUUUCUUCAUGAAGGUUUUGCUUCCUUCUCUUGCUCAACCAGGCUUAGAAGCUCCUCCACGUGAUAAGGUCACCAUAUUUGGUGAUGGGAAUACCAAAGCUGUUUUUAUGAAGGAAAGUGAUGUUGCUGCCUUCACUAUCAGUGCAGUUGACGACCCCCGUACGUUAAAUAAAGUGGUGUACUUGAGACCCCCAGGAAAUGUUUAUUCUUUGAAUGAGCUGGUUGAGAUGUGGGAGACUAAGAUUGGGAAGAAGCUUGAGAAAUUGCAUGUCUUAGAAGAAGAGCUGCUCACGAAAAUCAACGGAACUUCUUUCCCUUCCAACUCCAAAAUGCUUUUUAUAUAUUCUGCUUUCAUCAAGGGAGAUCACACAUACUUUGAUAUUGAGUCAUCCUCUGGUGUGAAUGGUACAGAACUGUAUCCGCAACUGAAAUAUACCACUGUCAGUGAAUUCUUAGACACACUAAUUUAGACUUUGUUUAGGAUAUUGGGAAAGUGCGCAUUGCACAUAUUUAUGUUGAAAACUUCCAUUUUCUCCUUGGUAUGUUUAUAUUUCUAAACUCAGCUCAAGAAUGUUUACUGUGAUGAACAAAUAAAAAAUGCAUGUUCUUGCUGGCUUCACCAUUUCGAUUCCUUGCAAUUUGCAAGGAGUUACUGGCACCAAAUUCAGCAAUAGACUCACAUUGUAGUAUUGUACAGUGUGGAAGGAUUUCAGCUAGCAGUUUUUGUUUUCUACACUUUGACUGCUGAGAUCCAUGUGUUGAACUGCACCCGCCAGCGAGUCAAAUUACUGUUAAAGAAAGGAGUUCUGUCUAAGCAAUCGCUGUCACGGCCUCACGGGACGUCCCAGGAAACCGCCACCAGGUGAACCUUUUUUAGAUCUAGAGUUCUCCCCUCUUCUUGUUCUUUCUCACUCAUACUCUAACAAGGUCAAUUGGUGUUCAUUGUGUGAAAUUGUCUUGUGAGCUUCCGGUUGGCCUUUCAUAGUUUUCUAUGGGUUUGUGUUUCCAAACUCCUAUUUUGAUUCAUGCUUAACAUUUCAUGUGAUGUCAUUGUUCUGUUAUUGUAAUUUUUUUUUUUGAAAAUGUUAUUAUAAUAUGAAUAUGACUUGGGUUUUGACAUUUUAUAUUGCCUAGUGUUUCUUUUUGCUUUCGGUAUUGGAAUAUUGAAAGGUAGAGGAGAAGAAAAAUUAGAGAUGACAGUAAAAAAGGUUAUAGUUAAAAAAUACAAAUCAAGUUCAUGCUUUUAGAAUUUUAGUACUGGUGGUCACUUUCUUUUAGUUUUGACAGACAAUUUGUAAGGUUUGAAUAAAGCUCUUUCAAAUUUAGUGUCUUUCUAGAAAGUUAAAAGUAGGAGCCGACAAACACUUUGAUUUCAUUGCUUGAAUAUUGUGCUUGCUGUUUGAUUAUAUUAAUUGAUGCCAUUUUAUAGUGAGCUAAUAUGGAUAACAAACUAAUUCAAAUUGGCAACCAUGACCAUAUUACA